AAAGAUACGUGGGCAGAAUAUUUGAUGCAUGUGAACGUUGUGACGUGUUGAAAACGUUGUCUUAGAAGCAAAAUUCCUAUUUACUUGGCAUUCUUUCGGUCUUUCCACUAAAUAUAAACUUAUUUUAGCAUUUUUUUUUUUUUUUUUGGGUGCGGUGGCACUGAUUAGAGACGCUAUUUUAAAAUUAGACCAGGUGAUGAACCCUAACAUAAGAAGGUUCACAUAGUUGGGAGCUCACACAAAAAUGGCAAGCGAAGGUAAACCAAACGCAAGCAAUGGAAUUGGCAAUGGAAAUGGCGGAGGAUUCAAAGCUAAACUAAACCACUUUCUCUACAGUGGAGAGAAGAAGCACGUCUUUGUAGGGUUGACCAUUAUUACUGCUGUUUUCGCCGUUCCUUGGUACUACAUGACCCGAGGAUCUAAGCAACAAUCUCAUCAAGACUACCUGGAAAAGGCAGAAAAGGCUGACAAAGCGAGGAGCGCACGACUCUCUUCAUCUUCAGCUAAAUGAUAGCACUCAUUUGAAAUUGUACCUGAUAUGCUGAUUAAUCGCUCAACAGUUUUCUUCAUCAGCUGAACGAUAGUGUACCAGCUUUUAAAGGAUUGGUUGGUUGUUUGCUCCAUGAGUGAAGUCUGUUCAUUUUCUUUCUUUGUUAACACUAAAUUUAAUUCACAGGAAUAGUAAAGAGGAAGAUAUAUUUUUUGUGCUUGAUGAGAGAAAACCGUUCAGUUUCUACUUUUUGUGAUGCUCUUAUAUGCUUAGCUUAAUGAUUCUAUUAGAGGCAAAUAAUUCAGAGCUUUAGUUUAAUAAAAUAUUUUGCAAAUUGCUUAAUACUAA